GCCAACAGAGAUGUGGGGCGGGGUGCGGAGAGAGAGGGAGAGAUGAGAAGGGGGUCCACCCGCGCCUGCGCCUUUCCAUCUCCCCCAACGCUGCUGCCCUCCUGACUGGCCAAGCCUACCCAGCAUGCUGCGCGUGGCGCAUGUGCAGUGCGGGCCUUACCGGGGGGCUCUGCUAAUUCCAUUGUGGAGCGGAGACGGCGAUAUUUUUAACUGGAGGCGGCGGCGGCGGCCGUAAGAGAAAACAGCGGCGGAGGCGGCGAGGCGAGGCUGGGCCGGGUGGGGCCGAGCGACAACGAAGGAUGCGCCUGGCUGGCGGCUGCCGCCCGAGCCGGCGCUGAAGAGCGCCGAGAAAGAGAGAAGGAAGGAAGGAGGGAGAAGAGACCGGGCCGGCCAGGCAGACAGCCGGCGGGUGAGUGAAAAGCGAGCGAGCGGCUGCGGCUGCGGGGUCUACCAGCAAGAGCAGCCCUUGAGGGCCGCGCCGCCUCUGUCGUGUCGUUGUCUCCCCUCCCGGCUCGGCUGCUGCUUUUCCUGUCCCCGGGGGGAAUAUGAAACUCGGCAGUGGUUUCCUGGGCGGCGGCAGCAGCAGCAGCAGCAGCAGCAGCUCCUCCAAGAGGGCGGCGAUGGAGCCCACCUUCCCCCCCAGCAUGGUCAUGUUCAACCACCGCCUGCCGCCCGUCACCAGCUUCACCCGGCCGGCCGCACCCCCCCAGCAUUGUGGGCUGCCUUCGGCCUCCGUCGCAUCCUCCGCCUCCUCCUCCUCCUCCUCUUCGUCUUCUUCCACCGCCACGACUGCAACGGCUGCCGAGACCCCUGCCCCGCCGCCGCCUCCUCCUCCCCCUCACCCUCAGGGCAUGACUUUCAAGAAAGAACCGGCGGGGAGUUUCCCUCUCAGCGCCUCCUCCUCCUCCUCUUCCUCUCAGAGGAGUCACUGGGGCUUCUUCCAAUCCCUAGUCAAUAUAAAGCAGGAGAAGCCCAGCGACCAGGAGGAAGAGGAGCAGCAGCACCAUCACCAUCACCACCACCAUCUCCACCACUAUGGAGGCCUAUUUGGGAUAGCUGGGGAGGAGAGGCAGCCCACUCUUGGUGGCGGUGGAGGCGUGGAAGGGGCCAGCCAGAGUGUGAUCCAAGACCUCAGCCUUUUCCACCACUUGCACCAUCAUCCCCACAGAGGAGAGUUGCUGCUGGGCAUCAGAAGUGGUGGCGAGGUGGGUCCUGCCAGCUCGGAUGAGUCUAAGCAUGACACCCAGGCCAGGAAGAUGAAGAGGCCAAAGUCGGAAUCUCAGGGAAACAAAGCCAAGAGGAAGCCGAGCAGUUCGUCCAAGCCCCUUGUGGCAGGAGAUGGAGAAGCUGCCAUGCUUUCCCCUAGCCAGAAACCUCAUGUCUGUGAACACUGCAGUGCUUCCUUCAGGAGCUCGUAUCAUCUGCGUAGGCAUGUGCUCAUCCACACUGGUGAGAGGCCUUUCCAGUGUAGCCAGUGCAACAUGGGUUUCAUCCAGAAGUAUUUGUUACAGAGACAUGAAAAGAUCCACAGCAGGGAGAAGCCGUUUGGGUGUGACCAGUGCAGUAUGAAGUUCAUCCAGAAGUACCAUAUGGAGAGACACAAGAGGACGCACAGUGGAGAAAAGCCAUACAAAUGUGAAACCUGUCAGCAGUAUUUUUCCAGGACUGAUAGACUGUUGAAGCACAGACGUACUUGUGGAGAAGCCAUAGGGAAAGCAGGUGCUGGAAUGGAUCCUGGGCCAUCAAACCAUAGCAUGGGCAGUUUGUCUAUGUUGUCUCAGGGAAAUACAGGUUCGUCGAGGAGAAAAAGCAAAGCAAAAUGUAUAUCCACUGAAAACAAAGAACACAAGUCUAGUCAUAAAGUAUCUGAGUCUCAAAUUGCAUCUAAUAUGACCUUGCAGAAUUAUGCGGUGGAGAUUCCUAUAGUGUCUUCCAGUGGUGGCUUAAUUGGCACUGGGAUAGAGGAACUGCAGAAAAAGGUGCCAAAAUUAGUCUUUAAAAAAGGAAGCAGGAAAGGUGCAGACAAGAGUUACCUUAACUUUGUGUCACCAUUACCGGACCUCCUUGGUCAAAAACAAUUGUCUGGAAAACCAACUGGCUCUCUUGGCAUAGUUGCAAACACCAGUAUUGAUGCUCUUGGCCCUCUCCAAGCUGCAGGUGGUAAACCAGGUCAAAUAAAUAGCAAUUAUGAUGAUGCCAUGCAAUUUUCAAAGAAAAGAAGAUAUUUGCAAACUGCCAGCAGUAACAGUGCCUUUUCUAUAAAUGUUGGGCAUAUGGCCUCCCAACCGUCUGUUAUUCAGUCUGCAGGUGUAAGUGUUAUGGACAAUGAAACCCCAUUAUCUCUUAUCGACUCGUCAUCUCUGAAUGCUGACAUCAAAUCUUGUCACGACAAGUCUAGCAUUCCUGAUGAAGUCUUGCAAAGUCUUCUAGAGCAGUACUCUCACAAAUCAGAGGGCCAGAAAGAGGAUCCCUUCAGCAUAACUGAACAGCGUGUGGACUUGCAUGCCUCAGGAGAACAUACAGAGAUGGUUCAAGAAGAGAACCUGAGUCCCAGCUCUCAAACAGCUUCAAAUGACAAAGCAAGCAUGUUGCAAGAAUACUCUAAAUACCUCCAACAGGCUUUUGAAAGAACAACCAAUAGCACUGGUUUUGCUUUUGGACCCAGCUUCCAGUUUGUAAGUUUGUCUUCAGGCCUUCAUAACCAUACCUUAUUUCAAGACAAACAAAUAUACACUACAUCUCCACUUGAGUGUGGUUUCAGCCAAUCUGUUACCUCAGUGUUGCCAUCUGCAUUGCCAAAGCCUCCUUUUGGGAUGUUGCUUGGAUCUCAGCCGGGUUUUUAUUUAUCUGCUUUGGAGGCAACACAUCAACAGUUGACUCCUUCACAAGAACUAGAUGAUCUGAUAGACUCUCAGAAAAACAUUGACACUUCAUCAAGCUAUCAGUCAACACCUCAGAAACUGAAUAGCCAGAAGGAACAAAAAAGUCUGGAAUCUUCAACAAGCUUUCCAAUUCCAUCUCAGGAGCUAGCUAACCAGAUAGAUCCUCAGAAGGAUCUAGAGCAUAGAGCAACAUACCAGAUAGAGACCUUUGCACAAGCAUUUGGUUCUCAGUUUAAGACGGGCAGCAGGGUGCCAAUGACUUUUAUUGCUAACUCUAAUGGGGAAGUGGACCAUAGAGUAAGGACUUCAGUAUCAGAUUUCUCAGGGUAUACAAAUAUAAUGUCUGAUGUAAGUGAGCCAUGUAAUACAAGAGUAAAGACCCCAACUAGCCAAAGUUAUAGAUGAUGAUACUCAUUCCAGACUGGUGGGGUAGAUAUUCUCAGAUCCUUGGUAAAAACCUGGAAUGAUAGCUUUAAUAAAAACAAUAAUGUCCACUCCUACUUAUUCAUGAAGACUGUAAUUCUAUAAAUAUAUUUUAGUGGCAUACUCCACAAGAGGAUUUUUUAAGUGGCAAUUUAAUGUCUUUGGAACCCCAAACUAAAAUUACAGUCAUAAUUUAUAUACAUUUUGGGAUGCAUUAUUUAUUAUACAUGGCUAAAAGAUAUGCCCUCCCCAAACUUGGGCCUCCAGUCCUUUUCCUCCCUCUUCCUAAAUAUACCUUUAGUGUCUUAGGUCCUCUUCCUAUAUCAGCUAUUUUCUUCAUUGAGCUUACUGUCCAUGGUUUGUGGUCCUGUCCUCUUCCCUUUAGCGUAACAGCUGGAAUUCUAGAAGAUUUACAUUCCAGAAGAUUGCAUAACUUAUUAUGUAUUUUCUGAUGUCUGGUGACAUCAAAAGUUGAACAAUUAAAAAGUUGAAUGCCCCUUUGUUUUAGAAUGCCAGAAAGGUUUCCAUGCAAAAAGAAAUACUAUACAGUACUCAAUUGUACAUAGAGAGGCCCUCCAACCUGCAGUAGGACCUACUAGCAUAGUCAUCCAUGUCCACGUGCAGUCUUGAGUAUUUGUGGGAGGGGAAUGUUAAGAUUACAUGUGGUUACAAGGAUGUGUAGAACACCACAGUGCAGGCUUGGGCCUUUAAGGCUUCAGUUCCAUUCAGAGAUUGGCCUAAACUUAUGAACCAUAUGAUUUAUACCUGCAUGGCUUAUUGUCAUCAGAAUAUUCUCAAGGAAUUGUUGAUUCAUGUAUAUUUUGUGGUACAUUAUUUAUGAUAUGUGAAUCUUGAUUAGAGCCUGUGGAGCCAUGGAAACCUGCUAGAAAAGCUAGUGGCUAUUUUAAAACUGCUAAAAAGCAGUUGCACUGCCCAGAACCACUUUUUCCCCCAGAAGUAUUUUUUUCCCCUAUUAGUUUUUUAAAAUGUAAUUUUGGUGAUGUUUAUGCAGAUUUUUAAAAAAUGUAUUUUGGUGAUGUUUCUGUCUUGCGUACUUUCUGAAGGCAGAAAAGUACCAGUGGUUGUUUGCAGUCUUAUUGUGUAAUUGGCCUAUUGCAGGCUUCCAUGUAUAAUAAAGUAAUUAACAUUGUACAAGUGUAAAACACUUCUGUUACAAAGAUGGUGUUAUAAGAACUAUGAAAUUCUUAAAUUGUUACAAAUGUUAAACAUACCCAUUCUUUCUCUUCUUCCUGCCCACCAAAUCAACCUGAACACUGUUUCACCAAAUGAACCAUCACCUUUUUACUAAUGCGGAAUUAAUUAAAACCCACUUAAGUAUAUAUACUUGAUUAUGUAUUUCCCGUCCUUCAGAUUAGUGCUGUUAAUUUCCCCUGCCAUCUAGGCAUAGAGCACAACUUGUCAUCAAUGGGGAGUGUACCUUAACCACUGUGUAGUUCUUCUAUGGGUUUUAUCUUCAUUUUUUGGGUGUUUUGUUCCACAGCGGUUAUAAUUUACUUUCUUUAUAUUGUGUGUACUGGAUAGUGUGUAUGUUCUGGGAUUGUUUGCUUUAGACUGUGACCAAUUAAAAAUGCUAUUCACAUGGGAAAAAACUAAGAAAAGAAGAUGCUGUUCUAUUAUCUAUUCAGUUACACCUCUGAAGGCUUUGUCAAGAAAAUUCCAUAAAAUGUUUUAAACUAAAUUUCUGGAACAAUAGAACAACAAUAACUUGCUUGCUUUUAAAGGUAUUUUUAUUGUAAAACUUCUUUAGGUGAACAAUAAAAACACUCUUUUCGUUACUUUGAGAUUUAAAUGAUUUCACUAACUUUGAGGUGUUUGAGUCCGAAUUUUUCUGUUCAAACAUGUUGUUUCAUGUUAAUGACACUAUAGUAGCUUUAUGUUCUUGAUUGCUGUUUUGAUUAAUGUCAAAAUCUGACACAUUUUUUGCUUGCUUAUAGGUAUAAUGACUCUUUCAGCAGUAAAUAGUGUGGACUGAAGUCUGUGCUCUUGCUGCAGUGUAGUGUUGUAUUUCCUUUAACUGGAGGUACUACACACGCAGAAGCAAGUUUCUGCGUGCAUAUCCUUCAGGAGGGGUAGAGGAGGGCUGGAUUUACACUCUUCCCUUCCCGGUCCCUGCUUUCCCAGUCGCACCAACAGCUGAUCUGAGAUUUUAUUGUUUAAAAAGGCAGGGGCGGAUUUUAUCUAUGGGCAAAGUGGGCAGAACUUAAACUUAUCAAUCAGCCAUGUUGUCUCUGCCUCCAUUUUGUGUGCCUACUGCCUCCCUCUGAUUGUUCUCUGUGGCUCUUGCCUGAAGCUGCUUUAAGAGUUGUGAGGUGGGCGACAGUAGCACCACACUCAAAGAACAAAUGAAAAGCCCCAGAUAUUUUAAAAUAUUAAUAAGGCAGGAGCCAAUAAGCAUGCUCACUAAUGUUUUUGCAAAGUUGGACCUAGGACCGCCCUAUAACCAGUCAGAGGGACAGAGCGUGGUACCCAGCUGUUCAACAGUGAUGGAGUAGGGAGAGGGUGUUCCCAUGCAUCUGCUCUGCUUCCCAUGGUGUUCUCUAAGUUACAGGAGAUGGUUCACAGCGGCAGCAAGCAUCAUUUAAAAACCUGUGAUUUUUUUCUAUUAUCUAUGCAUUUUUGAAAUAGGCAGGCAGAGCUGCCCUUCUAACUUCAGAAUGCAUUUAUUCUCCACUUUUGUAGCUGGUCUCUGUUUUACCUGUGGCUUAUAUAGAUUUAUUUACUUUUACACGUAUAACCUGUGCUUCCUCCAAGCACAGAGUGGUGCACAUGGUUACAUUUAUCCUCCCAACAGCUCUAUGAGGAAGGUUAUACUGAAAGAUAAGUGACUGUCCCAGAGUUACCCAGUGAGUUGAUCCAACCAAGAUGAUCAGAGGCCUGGAGCACCUUCCUUAUGGGGCUAGGCUACAGGAUCUGGGACUCUUUACCUUGGAAAAGAGGUGACUAAGGCGAGACUUGAUCGAGCUAUAUAAAAUUAUGCAUGGAGUGGAGAGGGUGGACAGAGCAUUUUUUCUCCUUUCACAACACUAGAACCAAGGGUCACCCCAUGAAACUGAAGGUUGGGAAAUUUAGGACCGACAAGAGGAAGUACAUUUUCACACAGUGCAUAAUUAAUCUAUGGAAUUCUUUGCCAUGGGAUGUGGUGAUGGCCACCAGCUUGGAUAACUUUAAAGAGGGGCUUGGACAAAUUCACGGAGGACAGGUCUAUCAAUGGCUACUAGUCUGGUGGCUGUGGGCCACCUCCAGCAUCAGAGGCACAAUGCCUCUCAAUACCAGUUGCAGGGGAGUAACAGCAGGAGAGAGGGCAUGCACAUACUUCUUGCCUGUGGGCUCCCCAGAGGCACCUGGUUGGCCAUUAUGUGAAACAGGAUGCUGGACUAGAUAGGCCUUUGUCCUGAUCCAGUAGGGCUGUUUUUAUGAGUUUCAUUGCUGAAUGCAGAUUUAAGUUUGGAUUUCCCCAUUCUAGUCCAGCACACUAGCCACUGUACUACUCUGGCUCAGAGAUCUUUUUUGUUGUUGUUUAUUAGUAGUAUUCAUUCUUUAAAUAAUCAGACAGAAUUAUCCUGGUUACUUCGAAAUGCAUUUACUCUCCACAGAAGCAGCCUUUUGUAGCUGUGCUUUACUUGUGGCUUGUACAAUUCUUUUCGUGUGUGUGUGUGUGUGUCUGUUGAUCCUGCCAUGUUAGUUACAAAUCUAUACGCUACUGAGUCUUGUUAAGCACUAUAAAGUUAUCAAUCUUUUCCAUAUUUCUCCACUGAUGAAAUUGAGAUUUGUGUGCUUUUGUGUACUUGUAUUUUGAUCCUACUUGCUAGCUACAAAUCUACACUUUCCCAGUUAUUGCUAAGGCACCUGCCUAGUCCUGGCUCCAUCUCCACAGCUCCACCUCCACAAUUGGCUCUACCUCUCACUACCUGUGGCUCCACCCAUCACCUGCCCAGCCUAGCGCCCCCCCCUCCAAAUCCCAUGAACCACCAGCUGCCACUGUAAAAGGGGAUUCUUUCAGACUUAAGUACUUCUGUAUUAAUGCUCAAGUUAAGGGACCAAAACCCAGUAUGACUAGUUAUGCAUCUCAAAGAGAUCUUUGCUCUUGUGAUUCUUAAACACUAUCAUCUAUAUAGUGGCAUCUAUGUGCAUGGUGCUUAACACCAAAUGAGAAGACAAUUUCCUGAUCCAAAAGAGAUUGCAGUCUAAAAAGGCACUUGAGACAACAGAGGAGUGUCGGGGCAGAGAGUGGAGGCAGGGCAAAUUGGAAGAAUAUGAUAAUUUGAUAUAUGUGGACUGAGGCUUAGUCAGUAUCAAAGAAAACUCUUGGUGGUGGGGAGCCAGUUGACAUAGUACAUGGCAAACUUAAAAUACAAAAAACUGAGGGAAAUUUCAGAAGCAGUUUGUGAUGUAUGACAUGGGGUGGUGAAGGGUGCUUAUUGCUCAGAAUGAAGGGGGGAAAAGAUGCUUCUGUCUAUAUCCCAGCCCUCAUAUUUCGGAUGCAUAUCUCACCUUAGUUUGCAUAUUAUAGUAAUAGUGCUUUUAGAGAUUUCAGAGUGCUUCACAUACUUUAUCUGGUUGCAAUCUUUACAAUCAAUCUUGUAAGGCAGGUCAAUAUUACUGUUCCUGUAUUGCAGAUGGGAAAUGGAGAUUCUGUGGUUUACCUAAGGCAAGUUCAUGGCAGAGCCAAGAUUCAAACUGGAGAUGUUUCAAAGCCAGUGUGCUGCAUCAGCACUCAUGCAGCGCCAAUGUGCUGCAUCAGCACUCAUAGGAGGAAAAACAUUAAAAAGAAAUUGUUUAUGAGCAGAGCAUUGGAGUAUAGUCUGUACUUUUAAAAUAAAAAAAAUAUGUGUUUAUGGAUGAGAUGAAAGGGGAAAGCUUUAAGUAUUGUAAAUGGGUACAAACUCUUGAAGUUGAGUAUAAUUAUUUUCAGUUAAACACAUGCUACUCCUCAUCAAAUACAGAGAGAUCAUUCACACAAUCAAAAACUUCUACCCAGGUUUGGGAGCUCUGUGUGCUCCCAAUUUUCAGUUGUGUGGAAGUAAGGUAGGAGGAAAAGCUACCUCAGGCUCUUGAUGGUAUAAAGGAUUUCUGUUGAAUAGAUGGCUCCCAUACAUUGGUGUUAGUAGCAGAAGAAUGAAAAAAAUCAUUGUUUAUUAAAAUUGAUGUGUUUGAAGAAAAAAGGAAAAAGAUUCUCUUUGCACAAUGGAAAUUUGCAAGGAUGGUUGAAGGAAUGCCUAAACGUGUGUCCUUUAAGGACUGGUAUUUGGGGUGACAAAUUAAGCAAAAGCUUUGCAACUCUUGGAGAUAAUAAGUGUGUGUUUUUUGUCUGUAGGUAGAAUUGUAGGUUAAACCCCUUUUGCCCCCAGGCCUCUAAAACGGUGAAUGAUGGUGCUAAAUAAAAUGGUCAGUUUAUGCUUGAAAUUAGUUGACACUGGCAUUGUUUCAAGUUGUUUGGUUGUUCAGGCUUAAGAGUUGAGCUGGAAACAAAAAGGAAAUUUUAGGGGAAAUUUUUUGUAAGGCUUUUAUAAGGAAUGGAAGCAAGCGUGCCUAUUUUUUAAAAUUAGAUUUUCCCAGUACGACCAUUUCUUCCUUCUUCCAAAAUAAGGCUUUAAUAAAGUAAAAUAAAGAAAAACUAAUAAUUCCGCCUAGUAUCUUGAGAACACACUAUUUUGUUCGCCUGUCAUAAAAACAUCAGAACUGGGAGCAGAGCCAAUCCAUAUGCAACCAUGAUAGAAAACACAUCUUUGAAUCGUUAAGAGUAAAAGACCUACAGGAAAACGGUUGGCUGUAAAUAUUGUAUUCAGAUGCUGGAUGAUAAAGCAAAAUACCGUCCACCAAGUGUGCCCAAGUCCUUACUUUGCCUACUAUUUGUAUAGUCUUGAUGCCUAGCACAAGUGGAAUGAAUAAAUGAUACUGCAUAUAAGCAGUUUGUAAUAGCUGAUAGGAAUAGUCUGCUGCUAGCACAAGUGUCCCAAGUAGCAUAGGUUGCAGUGGUUUGAGACAUGCCUCACAGGACAGGAUAGCCCACGAACUCUUCCCUAUCUCUUAUGAUGUUUUGCUUCUUUGGAUGUCAUAUGUACGUAUGUUGAUUCUCCUUAUUGGGACAAAGCCUGCUUUAUAACCCAUUUAAGAACCUACAUUAAAAACAUGUUUUAAAUUUGCAAUCAUAAACUAACAGAGCAAAUGUUGUUGGAGAGUGGCACGAAAAAGAAAAGCUUCCUAGAAACUGGCUCCCCAUAGGAACAUAGAAGGAAUAUAGGAAGCUGCCUUCUACUGAGUGGGACCCUUGAUCUAUCUGUCUUAAUAUUGUCUAUACUACUGGCAGAGUUUCAGUAAGGGAUCUUUCCAAGCCCUACCUGGAGAUGCAAGGGAUCCAACCUGGGAUCUUCUGCUUGCAAGGAAGAUGCUCUACCACUGAGCUUCGGCCCGAUCAUAAAGCAUAAAAGUACCAUAUCCACAAAUAAAAAUAAUAUAUAAUAUUUUUAUAUAUUAAAAACAACUUUUAUAUUAAAUACAUAUGUACUAUUUCCUAAAUUAGUAAAAAAUAAUAAUUACACAAAAUGUACCCUUUUAAACACUGAGUCAUAAGUUAAUAUGCUUAGUGAUCACAUUUGCACCAUUGUUGAAUGAAUAUGUGACGUAUCAGUGGGAAACUUGAUUUAAGUCAUGUUUUUUCUCUUGUGACAAAUAAUGAUUUUAAGUUAAUGAUUGAAAACCCUUGAUUUAAAUCAAUCCACCUUGACUGUAAGCUGGAUAUAAAUAUGUGUUCACAAGUUUAUAUUUUUGGGAAAGGAAUAUCUCUAAGUUACAAACUGUACAUUUCAUGCAGAAUAGCCACAAAGCCAAAGAUCUCGCUUUCUCUUCUAUAUAUGCCACCCAUAAUCUGUACUCUGUUUAUGCUGCUCUUAUACCUGUAAAAAGGUCAGUGAAAUUGAAGUGAAAGAAGUAAUGAUGAAAUAUAAUUAUGAUAUCCACUGCUUCUUAAAACAAUCUUGUUCUUUGUACCUUAAUAUCUUCAAAGCAAUUGGCUAGCUACUAGCCCAGUGCUAAAAUCUGGCAUUCAGAUGCCAGUAUGCCUAGGAUAGAGGUCUGGAAUUCCAGUGUCUUAUUGCAAAUUGUAAUAAGUGCUGUGCUGGAUCAGACUAGUAGACUGUCUAUUAUAGUAUGUCUACAGUUCCAGGGUGUAACUAUCUCCUGUUACUAAGAUCAAUACUCAGAGGUAUCCAGUAUCUGAAAAUGAAUGGGAGUUGUGUUUUUGGUCGAACCUUUCAUUAACUUUCAUGGCCUGGUUCACACAAUCGUUUGAAUGUGGGUUACCAACAUUAGCAUGACUGUGAUUCAAACAAUUGUGUAAAUCGGGGCCAUGUAUUGAUCGUGUCCUUCUUUGUGCUAGUUAGCAUUGAAAUGUCUGAUGACAGGCCAUCCAUUCAGAGCAAUGAACUGCUGGCGAACCAAGCGGAUUUGUGCUAGGACAAGACACUAAUGUAGUUGUGCAAAAAUUUGGGAUUUACAGAACUGCACUAUAGUACUCUUGUGCAAAUGUCACUGUUAAACCAUAGAGGCUUGCUGCAUUUGGCGUAACAAUAGUCCAAAGUGCAAGCUCCACACUUAGCACAACUAGCAAGAGUGUGACAGUUUUAUGCUAGUACUACAUUCUUCCACAAGUACAACUGCUCUGGAUGUCAGCCACAGUUCCUUAGUUAAGAACUUCAGACAAUUGCCAGGAAUGUUUACAUUUUGUCUAUGACUAAUAUUUUCCUGUUUAGGGUCCCUUCUCAACCAUUAUGUUCAAAGUCUUCUUUUCCCAUGCUAAAAAGCUUCCACAUCUUUCACAAGACAAUUACUCAAUUUCUAGGCUCACUUUAGUUGCUCUUUUCUAGCUUUACUGUGUAAUAUUGAGGGUGCUUAGAACAGUCCUGCUGGAUCAGGCUCAAAGCCCAUCUAGUCCAGCAUCCUGUUUCACACAAUGGCCCACCGGAUGUCUUCAAGAAGUUUACAGGCUGGGAGUGAGGGCUUGCCCCCUUUCCUGCCAUUGCUAAUAUUAAUAAAUAUUAAUAUUAGUAAUAUUUAAUUAAUUACCUGUUAAUAUUAGUAAACCAAUAUUAUCUUUUGCAUAUUAUUUCCUCCAUUGGUAUGCUGUUCUCUUACCCAUUUAUUUAUGGCUGUGAUGUAGGAGCCAACAGAAAUUAAUUGAGGACACUUAAAGAUGCAUGGGAUAGCUGAAUAUGGACCAAAUGCUUGUGUGAAUAAUAUUUGAAUGCUGUUGUUGGACUUCUUAAUGCCAAGCCGUCCAACUGGCAGUUCUAUGUGAAUGAUAUAGUAAUUUGUGCCCCCCCCUUUCUUUGCCCCAUAUUUCUCCCCUCAUCUUCUCUUGAUAUUGCUGUAUAAAAAUGCUUCACCUGGGCAUUCUUAAUUAAAAAUUUGGCUUUAAUAUCAAUUCUGCAUGAUAUUAGUCUAGAGGGACUUUAACCCAGUAACCAUCCCAUAAAAGGUCAGAAGCUCUCAUUUUUAUGAGAUUGCAAUCAAUUUCUGAGCGGGUGAGUUCAAAUCUGACUCUUGCUGAGAUGGGGAUACCUUUGUACACUAGAGAAUGUAUUCAUACUUUAUUUCAAUCUGGAACUCCUAUUCAAAUCAAUUUCUUUUUAGUGAUAUACAUAGUAAGCUCAACAGAAUGUUAAAGGCCAAACUACUUACACCAUUAUACAGGUGCAGAAGAAGCUUUAUAUAAGCAAGAAAGCUGUUUUCCAAGGUUGAGUUUGUUAUUGUAGUAUAAUAAUCUUCAAUGAAGAGUGUAUUGAUGGCACCUCUAUUUCUGAUCAGCAACACAAUUUUAAGAAGGACCAUAUUUUGAACUGAGCAAUGACUUGUACAUAGGCUCCACCCAUUGGCAGGCUUGCACUUGAGCUCAGAUACAGGCAAAAAAGUUUGGCAACCUCUUUCUCCCCAUAGAGAACAGCUACAGAGGCUUUGGCAGAGCUCCCUCAGUUGCUUACCUGCUAUGAGAUGCAGGUAAGGCACAGGUAUUCAGGAGCUGAGGUACUUUAAGGAGAAAAUCCGGCAUCAUCUGGCAUUUAGAUGAUGCUGGAAAAAAUGUUUUCUGCUUCCAUGUGGAAGCAGUGGGGUGUAGUGGGUGAGUUAAAGAGGACUUUGCCUGUAUCUUGGCUUGGGAGAAAGCACCUGAGGUGUGUAUAACUGGAAUUUGGAAUCAAACACUAUGCUGAGGGCCAGAAGAAAAGUACCCGGGGACUGGAAUGUUCCUCCUGGCCAGCAGUUGCUAAUCUGUUUCCUUUGUCUGUAUUACUUCAGACAACUGGUGGGACCAGGUUUCUCGUAUACAAACACUCUACAUAUAAACAAACCUAAAACAAAAUGUCAUAUACGUAGAAAAGCAGCACAUUUGUGCAGAUGGCUUCUUCCUGACAUGCUAUUCUGCUAUGUGCAGGCAGAUUUUUCUUUUUACAUGAGGUAGCUUUCAAACAUGACAUUCCUCAAACUUGUAAUUCCAAAGUCCCAUGUGAUCACUAUGUGUGUGGACCAGCCUGUAGUUAGCCUGAAUUUUCUAUUUUUCUGUGAAUAAUAAUCUUAAAACGCUGCUUAAUGUUAUACAAAAUAUUCCAUGCCUGUGAUACCUUUGUAAUCUGAGGACCUCCCGUUGCUGACCCCUAAGGCCAAGCUUCAAAUUACAUUAAACAGAUAAUUUUGGCCUAUGUACUUUAAAGAAAGACACCCCACCUUAAAAAGCAGCUGAGGGGUGUAUGUAGGUGGGGAGUGGACCUAUAUUGGUAUGAUAUGCAAGGAUGGGGGUGCAUGCAUGCCCUGUGCUAUGGUCCCCAUGAAAACCAUUGCCCCAGGAGAGAAGCUUCCAUUAGUGUCAGUGCCAGCUCAGAAGUGGAAAGGACAGUUCACUCUUACUUUGCCUGCUGUAAACCUUUACCAUCUCUGCAGAACCAAUUUGCAUGUGAAAACCUCUUCCCACAGGCCAAUAGUAUUGGCUCAGCUGAGGCAUUGAUAAUGUUUUGAUCUUCAAGUAUUUCAAAAAACCUUUGGCUUCUUCUGAAUAAUGUUGACCCAGUCCAGUGAGAGAUUGGCACAUAUAAGCAGGCUUCUACUAGAUGCAUAUCUGUGCUUUGAACCAUCUGGGUGUUUCUUUGGCUGCAGAUUGGGAUGCAGAUCAGCGUCUGCAGCCCUGUGACUAGUUGCCACAGUAGCAGUUGGAUUAGGGCCUCUGUUUAUAUUGAAGAAGAAGAAAUGCCAUUGCUCUUAUUUCUGUUUUGUAAACCUGAUAUUGAUAUCCAGAAUUGAAACACUGGAGAAGGAGGGAUGACAAUGAAAACAAUGUCCCCUUAACCACUAACAUGUACAUGAUGGGAAUGGUUUCCUGUGUGGUUUUUGUAAUUCUAAUUUCCCAUUCCUUGGAUGUAAUUUUACUUUUAUGCGCACAACUGUUUUGGUCAUUAGUAUUCUUUUCUAUGAAUUGAAGUGUAGCACUCUUUCUGUGAAUGAUUGUGCAGUCAUGACACAGCUGAGGUGAAGAUGUAGCUUCAAAUAAAUCAUUUCCUCAUUCUUGCUUAAGUGGCUGUUUCAGAGUAGGGAAGCACAUUUUCUAUUGGGAUGUAGUGCUGCAGUUUCCUUGACCCAAGGUCUGAACAAUUUGUGAGCAAUGUGGGUUUAGUAGUUAGUUCUUUAACAAAAGACAAAAAGAGCAUUGUAAAUAAAAAGACAAAUUAACGUGUGAUUUUUGAAAAAAAAAUUAAGCAGUGUUUGAAAUCCUGUCCAGAGCUAAUGUUUGACACUGCUUGAAUAAAUACAUAAAUUAGGCCAAUAUCAGUAAAGGCCUACUCCUUAUGUUGUUGUUUUCAUUUUGGGUAUAUAUCUUAAGUUUUAUGUGUGUGCCUGACCAUGUAAAUUUUGGAUGCAACCAAUAUAUAUUUACAAAUACAUGUGUCAUACCUGCACACUUGUUGGAAUAGGGAUAGACUCUCUGUUGCUUGUACACCUAGGGGCAAAAUGAAAAACCGUUCUCCUGGGUCAGACCAGCAUCAUCUAUCCCUGUGUUCUGUGCUAACAAUGAGACAUUUCUAGGAAACUCACAAUCCUGGCAUGCUCUGUCUCCAGCCCCUGGUAUUCAGGUGCUGUUUCCAGAGGUAUACUACUGCUAAACGUGGAGUUUCCAUUUAGCUCUCAUGGCUAACAACCUUGAUAAAUCUGCCCCUCCGUUUAAUGUGUGAAGAUGCCUUGACAUAUGAAGCAGGAGCUUUUCUUUCAUUUAGCUUAAUAGAGCUGGAACAUAGCCACUGGGGACUUAUUAUCUGCUGUUUCAUGUGUGGGACCCCCCUUUAUAUUCCUCUCUUCCUCCCAGGAGCCCAGAGUGGUGUACAUAGUUAAGUUUCUCCUUACAACAACCCUGAGAGGUAGCUUAGGCUGAGAGAGAAGUGACUGGCCCAGAGUCUCAUGGCUGAAUGGGGAUUUCAACUCGGGAGUCCCCAGUCCUCAUCCAACACUCUAACCUCUACACCACGCUGGUUCCAUUGGCAUUUUUGGCAUUUUUCUGUUCUUUCCCUGUGACCUGCUGGUUUGGUUUAGCCCCUGCAAGCCUCCAUUUUGGGUCUCCUGUGAUGACAUGCAAAAAGCUUACUCUGAUGCCUGAUGGUGGCUGCAAUGACUGGUUGACCACAGGCAGGGAGUUGACACAUGCAGGAAGCAAGAGGCGAUAGUUUAUCUAGUCUUGUUAAGGUAAUAGCUACAGAUGUUUUCUCCAUGGGCACUAACACUAGAAGAUAUUAGGUGAGCUGGACUAGAGAUUAAUGUUAUAUGUCCUACCUCUUUGCUGCUGAAAAAAAAAUGUAAAAAGAUAGGACAUGCACAGCUAUAUUCCUUAAGUGAGUGUGCACAGGUGUUGAACAUGUGUAUGAUGCAAAUAAGUAACAUGUUUGUUGCAUUUACAUUAGUCUUUCCUGUGGAGGAUGCAUGCUGUGUGAAGGACAUGCGUGCAUCCAGGGGCAGAGUAAGCUUUUUGCUGCCCAUAGGCAAAAAGGCUUUUGCUGCCAUUUUACCUUAAACAAAAAAGGUUUGCCUUUUUUUAAUAAGGUAAAAGGGGAGGACUUUCUCCUCUCCCACUCCAUCCUUGCUUCCGCCGUCGCUGCCCACAAAGAGGGGUGGCAAAAUCUGAGGGGCAAAAUUUGUUGCUCCUCAAAUUUUGCCACCGUAGGCAAAUGCCUAGUCUGCCUCUCCGUUAAUCCACCACUGUGUGCAUCUUCAAACACUUGAAGACAUGGGGAGCUGCAGCUGAACCAAACUGUCCCUGACUCAUGUCCAUCAAGUAUAUCUGACUGUUUGGAGAUGUACACAUUGCCCCUUCACAUUUUACCAUAAAUAGCUAGAAAAAUGGGAUGGGGAACCCCUCCUCCUUUGCAAGGCUUCAUCUCAGAAAGAGAGUGGGGUUAACUCAUCUAUUUUAAAGUGGCUUCAAACAUUCUCUGUGUCUCAAGAAUAAAAUGGGGACUCUGGCCUCAGUCAGAUGCUAUUAUCUAAGGCCUCAGUCAGAUGCUUUUAUCUCACAAUACGGCCUCAGACGUUACUAUGCCAGCAAUUCCCAGUGUUCUUGCCUACAUUUUUAGGAUGAUACAGACAUACAGUUGCAACAUCAAGUGAUGACAUGCCGGUGUGAAGUAGCCAUUGUGAAUCAGAUGCCACAGACAGAACUUCUAGACCACUUCACAUUUACCUCAGUCACAAUAUCUUUAAAUGGAAACACUCCCUGCGUUCGACUGUGAAUUCGAUUCUGCAAUAGCAAGUGAUGCAGAUACAUGUGUGAUUCAAACUCAAGUGCUCUAGACAAUUGGAGUGGGCUAUUCAUUGCAGAUUGAUUAACCUUAAAUACAAGAUAUUGAUUAUCCCAAAUUCAGGAUCUUGAAUUACUUGUCCUAGAAAGUGAGAUAAUACAGAAGUUUGUUGAUGAUUCACAGCGGUUUUUUCCUGUCUUGGGGUAGCAUUUUUGCAACCACUUGGCAUUGCAGAGAAGGAACUGAAGUGUGUGAAAAGUCCAACAUAAAUGGAAAUGAGUUGACUCAAAAAGCAAACAUAAUUAUGUAUGUGUUAUCUUUAAAAAUAGUUAGAAAAUAAGAACUAAAACCCUUAUAAUGGAUGUCAAGCAAGGAUAUUAUCAUUUAUCUGGUCCUUGUUAAGCUAAAGAGGUUUCCUCAGUGGGCAGAGCACUACCACUAGAUCAGCUGUGGCCAGCCUGUCAUUCUCUAGUUAUUGUUGGACUUCAACUCCCAUGAUCCCAUGAAGCUGGGAGUCGUAGUUCAGCAACAGCUGGAGUGCCUCUGGCUGGCCACCCCUGCAUUAAGUGCUUGCUCAGUGGUUUUUUUGAAGGCUGGUAGCUACUACCUCUUGAGGCAGGGUAGGAUGCAAGUGUUCUGUGUGUGUGUCGAGAGAAAAAUAGAGUAGGGUGUAGCUAGCAAAGGCAAGAGAAGUUUUGAGUUUUGUAGAUGAUUGGAAGAAUAUGCUGUUUCUUUUGCGGGAGGGAGUGAUGCUGUUAUAGAUGCUAACACUGAAUGUUCAUCUCCUAUUGUGAACAUAUUUACCCAUGGGCAUAAGAGGCGGUAGAAAUGGUGGGAUAUGUCCUUUUGUAAUGCCCAUAUUAUAGACACAUCCGUUCCAUGCUUAUUGCUCCAAUUUUGUUAAAAAUGCCAGGCAGGAUUAAUAAUUAUGCCCCCCCUUCAGAUGUUGAUGAUGAUAUAACAUUUUAAGGUUGCAAAAUUCUGUGCUAGAAAUAUGCUGGUUAAAUAAUUUAAUUAGCUGGGAUUAGUUGCAUUAUUACAGUUUAGAUAAUUUUAUAUGUAUCACUUUAUAUAUAAGUAUAUACAUUUAUUUGUUUUCACUUUAUAUAUAAAGCGAUAUAAAUAUAUACAUUUCUUUGUAAUAUUGUUUUCUUCUGUUCUAUAUGGUUGUAUAAUUUAUGUUGGUCUUGGACUAUAACAAAUAAACUGAAAUAACACUGAAUGUUUCAUGUAGUAUUGAGCAGUGCUAGUGCAAGCUAUUUUCUCUGCCAUUUCGACUACUACAAAUAUUUAUAUAUUGCUUUUCAACAAAAGUGCUCAAAGCAGUUUAGGGCAUCUGCAAGGGAAUUAUCAAAUUGUACCCUAAAAAAAUUUGGAGUGUUACCUACCAUUAUUUCUAAGAAUAUAGAGCUUAACUUAAAAAAAAAAAAGAUUUAUCGAGAAAAUGUUGGAAUACAAGAAGCAAAUAAAAGAAGCAAGAGCAACAAUUUCUUAUGUAACCUAUAUGCUUUAAGCACUAUUACUGAAAGUAAAACCCCAUCUCUAGAAAUCUCCUCCUUGCUGCAGCUUCUGAGCUGCUCCCAAAAGCUGGUGCUGGGAAUUGAGGGAUCUUUGGCAAUGGCAUGAGAUGCUGUGUAGGUGGCUACAAGGGGAGUGUGGGUGGUUGUGCCUAGACACUGAGCACAGUAAUGAGCUGAGCUACCAUACAAUUGAUGUGCUCGUGGUUACAGUGGGAGGGAAAAAUCUCUAGAAACUGGCAGAUACCGUCUGCUUGUGAAAGGUGCCCCUGAAUCCGAUACCAUUGCUCAUAAUCUCUUGCCUCUCAGGAAGGGCUUGGGUUGGGAGCUCAGGGGGCUGCAGCAAGGAGGAGGGAGUGGAGAAGAUGGCUUGUACCGGUGCUCUUGCGCUAGCCUCACUCUAGAUUUUACCCUCUGCCUGGGUGCUUGCCUGAUCCCCCACUUAACUUGCAUAUUUGUAAACAUGUAUAACAAAAGUAUCAUAGAUCAUUACUCUUUCCCCACAAGCAAGCUGACCCUGCAAAAGGCAGUGCCCAUGAAAUAUCCCAUUGUUUGGGGAUGUGGGAAACAGUGAAAACCUAUGUAGAAAUCAUGGGGUCACACUGGUCAGUGGAGAGAAAUAUAAUAUUAAUUGUUUCUUGGAAAACACUUAGUGACACUUCUGUAAUUGCUUAAUAUUUCUGUUCAUUUGUUCUCAUUCAGCAGAAUAUCUUUUCAAGGAAGCUAUUCAUACUUAAUGUAAAACUUUCAAAAUACCUUGGCCUUGAAGUGCUCUGAGAGACAGACAUGGGUUGGAUGCAUAACUAGAAGAUGGUUUUAAAAUGUCAACUUUUUUUUUUUUUUUUGCUGUUGAGGAAGGUUAUAAGCCUACCAAUUUUCAUCAACAAAUAAAGAUAUAAUAUUGCUGUUUUUGUGAUGGCUAGACAAUACAGAGCAAGAAUGUAAAAUUAAAGACGCAUUUCCACUGGACUUUUUCUGAUGAAGGUUGCACUACUGUGAUUUUGUAAUUAUGUUUUCAAUUGUAUGAACAGUGCAAUAAACAUAUGCAAUAUUCUUGGA